AUGCAUUCACUGGGGCAGGCAUUGUCUGCUCUCACUCUCAAGCCUGAUAUUGGCAACCAAAAGCACGAGUCUCCCUACGUCAACGAACGGGGCUACGUCGACUUCAACUCAGGAGACGCCGAGAACCCACGGAACUGGUCCCGCACACGGCGAUGGAUCAUUACCUCGAUUGCUGUGAUCCUUGCUUUAAACGGCAACUUUUCUUCAAGCAUAUUCGCAGCCAGCCUUGACUCUGUCGUGGAUGAGUUCAAUGUCUCUGAGGUUGCCGCCGCCCUCACCACAGCUCUCUUCCUUCUGGGCUUCUGCGCAGGUCCCUUUAUCUUUGCGCCGCUGUCCGAGUUCUAUGGUCGUCGAUGGAUCUUUUAUAUUACCUUUGCCGCCUACAUGGCCUUUACCUUUCUUUGCGCCUUUCCACCUGGCUUUGGUGGGCUGUUGGUUGGGAGAUUUCUGGCUGGCACCUUCAUCUCGGCGCCCCUGAGCACAACCCCUGGUGUUCUGGUCGAUUUAUGGGACCCUAUCGAGCGAGGCAACGCGACAGCCAUAUUUAGUCUCGCAUCCUGGGUUGGACCCUCUCUUGGCUCUGUCAUCUCAGGGUUUGUACAACUCGAGAGAGACUGGAGAUGGGGUGUGUACUCAGCUCUCUGGCUCGGCGCCCCAACCAUGGCUCUUAUGUUUCUCAUUCCAGAAACUCACAGUCCGACCAUACUCGCGCAAAAGUCGAAGCGUGCGCGACACUCCGGCAUCACUGGCGCCCAAACUGAGGGAGAAGAGAACAAGCCCAAGCUACACCAGCUGUACAAGAUGGCUCUAACACGACCGUGGAUUCUCAUGUUCGACCUGAUUUCACUACUUUGCUCCGUCUACGCCUGCAUAGUCUUUACACUACAGUUCAUGCUCUUCAGCAUCUACCCCAUCGUGUUUCGUGAGAUGAGGGGAUGGAAUGCAGGGGUUUCGCAGCUGCCCCUGAUCGGACAGGUCGUUGGCGCUGUCCUUGGUGCAAUUGUCAUCUUUGUCGACAGCGAGCGGAGGAGGAGCAGCGAUGCUUCCGGGAAGAAGCUGUUGCCCGAGGACCGGCUUCUGAUGGCCAUGUUUGGAGGAGUUGGAUUUCCCAUCACAAUGUUCUGGCUGGCGUGGUCAGCGCAAUACAACCAAGUUCCGUGGAUCGUGCCCACUCUGGCCGGGACAUUCCUCUCUACCUCCCUGAUGCUCAUCUAUGUCGCCAUCAUCAACUACCUCACAGACACAUACACCGACUAUACAGCCUCCGUCAUCGCCGCCAACACGGUGACUAGGUCAGCUGGUAGCGCUGCAGCUCCCCUGUUCACGAACCAGAUGUUUUCUGCACUUGGCGUUGGAGGAGGCGGCUCACUCAUUGGAGGAGUAGCAACGUUGCUGGCACUCAUCCCCUUUGUUUUCUACAAAUACGGCUCUCGCAUCCGAAGAAAGAGCAAGUAUGCCCUAGUUGAUGGCGGCCAGCUAGAAAAGGUGGACGAGGAGGCGGAUCCUACAGACUACGGAGUCCAGCCUGACGAGACCCAGCACGCUGGAGAACUGUCCAAGGCCGCAGCAGGCAAUCGACCCGAGGAAUGA